AUGGAGCUUAUUGACAUUCCUAUGUUUGGUAAUCGUUUCACUUGGUUCAAUCUAGCUGGAUCGGCUUGUAGUAGGUUGGAUAGAUUCUUGGUUACUAGUGGUUUGAUUGAUUUGUGGAAUAUUGAUGGUCAGGUGGUUGGUUCCAGGUUUGUUUUGGAUCAUUGCCCAAUUUGGUUGCAAAGUUACGUGAGAAAUUGGGGUGCGAAGCCCUUCAAAUAUUUUAAGUGUUGGUUUAACCACGAAGGCUUUCUUCCUUUUGUAGAGGAGGUGUGGAAUUCUCUGGAGGUUAGAGGGAAACUGGGGUUUGUGUUGAAAGAGAAACUCUUUCUUUUGAAGAAUAAAAUUAGAUUGUGGAAUAAAGAGGUUUUUGGGAUUGUGGAUCUUGAGGUCAAUAAUUUUAUUAGUAGUCUUAAUGCUUUGGAUUCUUUGGUGGCAAAUGUGGAAGGUGGUGUUAUCGAGGACGUGAUGGAAGCGAGGAGGGUAGCUUCUAAAGCGGUUUGGGAUGCGAGAAAUUCUAUUUUGGGUCUUCAAACUUCGAGGGGAAGGGUGGAAGAGUUGGAUGAUAUCAAGUUGGAAGUGAGUUUGAAUUUUGCUUCAAGAUUUGUGGAACUAGUGGGUGAUAGAGCAGUUUUGGAUGGUGUUUUAUUUAAUCGUUGUUGGAGUUUUGUCUCCGAGGUGGAUGCUUUUGUUCGUGAUUUCCACGCUCGUGGAAAGUUACCGAAAGCUAUUACUGCUUCUUUCCUAGCUUUGAUUCCUAAAGGCGAUAAUCCGCAAAGUGUUGAUGAUUUUAGGCCCAUUUGUUUGGUGGGAUGCUUAUAUCGUUUGAUUGCUAAAUUGUUGGCAGCUAGAAUUAGGUUGAUUAUUGGAAAGCUGAUUUCUUUUAAUCAAUCAUCUUUUAUAAAACAAAGACAGAUAUUGGAUGGCAUUCUCCUCUUGAAUGAGGCAAUUGAUUUUGUUAAGAGAAAUAAAAAGGAGUGUUUGAUUAUGAAGGUGGAUUUCGAAAAGACUCCUACCAAGGACUUUAUUGCUACCAAGGGCCUCAGACAAGGUGAUCCUCUCUUUUCUUUUUUAUUCUUGGCGGUUGUUGAGGGCUUAACGGGUCUUAUGAAGAAUGCGGUGUCGAUUAGAGGUUUCUGGGGGUUCCAUUUUUCUGAUUCUAUUCGAUUUGAGUUGCUUCAAUUUGCUGAUGAUACGACCAUUAUUUGUGAUGGUUUGUGGAAUAAUUUGUGGUGUAUUAAGGCGAUUCUAAGGGGAUUUGAAUUGGUGUCUGGUCUUCGUAUUAAUUUUAACAAGGGCAAGGCCUUUGGUAUUAACAUUUGUGAGGACUUUCUUUUGGCGGCCUCAGCAUUUUCACCUUGUGGCAUCAAGCAAAUUCCGUUUUCUUUUCUCGUUAUUCCGGUUGGUGAGAAUCACAGAAGGAAGGCUAUUUGGUCUAUUAUUAUUUCAAAGCUUAACAGUAGGCUUUCUUUGUGGCGUGGAAAGAAUCCUUCGCUUGGUGGUAAAGUCACUCUUCUAAACUCUGUUCUUAAUAAUAUUCCUAUCUACAUGCUUUUGUUUUUUAAAGCGCCGCGUAUUGUUUGGGAAGAAAUGAUCAAAUUUCAAAAGCAGUUUUUGUGGGGCAAAGGUGAUGAUAAAAGAAAAAUGUGUUGGGUUAGUUGGGAAAAAGUUUGCUUGGCUAAAGGGAAUGAGUGCAAUGCUAUUUGGUCGGACUUGUUGGAGUUUAGAUAUGGAGAUGGUGUGACUUAUUUACAUAGAGAGGUUCAGGAUUUUGGCACUGACUCUCUGGAUUCUUUAGGGGAGUUGCUUGCAGAUUGGCUUGGUUUGUCCUCCUUGGUGGCCUCUAUUUCUCCUAGACAAGAUGUCGAGGAUUUGGUUGUUUGGUGGCGGAAUCAUGAUGGGUUUUCGGUUAGUAAUGGUUUCCGUAGGUUGUAUGAGUUGAAUUAUUCAAGUAUUAUGGUGGAUAGUUGGCGUCAACAGAUUAUUAGCUCCACUUGGAAGGCAAAAAUCACGAGCAAAGUGAAGAUUUUUGGUUGGCGCUUUAUGCUUAAUAGUUUACCUUCUAAAGUGGAGUUUUCAAGGAGAGGUGUCAUUCUCGAAGCUAGUACCUUACUUUGUCUGGUGCGCUUAGAGUUUGAUGAGGACUUGAAUCAUCUAUUCUUUAGUUGUGUGGGUGCAAGGCGCAUAUGGGAGCUUGUCUUUCUUUGGCCUAAUGGAGAUUAUACUUAUUAUGGUCCUUUUGAUUUGGAGCUUUCUUGUGUUAAGUAA